AUGGAUAAAUAUCUUAAUAAAAGACCUCGAGUUUCUAUCGGUUCUUCUAGUGCUACUGUUGAGCAAGAACGACAACAAUUGGGAAAUAAUGUGGUAGUUGAAAAUAAUCCGGACGAGAUUGAAAUUGAUAAAGAGAAAAUUAAAGCCGACCCCGGAUUACGAGACUCUAUAGAUAGUUUUGAUGUGAAUAUUCGGGAUCGUAUUCGUAGAGAAUAUGUUGCCAAAGGUCCUUGCCAACCAAAAAGCCAUGAUUUUCCAAAAAAACAAUAUGGAAAAGAUAAGAGAGGUUUUAGGGAUGUUUGGUAUAAAGAUUAUGUUUGGCUUGAAUAUAGUACGACAGCAGAUGCUGCGUAUUGUUUUUGGUGUUUUCUUUUCAAGCGUGGUUAUUUAGCACCGGGAGAUGAAGCAUUUGUUAGUGGUGGUUUCUCUAAUUGGAAGAAGGCUAAUGAAAGAUUUAGAGCUCAUGUUGGGUCAACGGGUAGUUCACACAACAAAGCUAGAAUUGAAUAUGAAAAUUUUGUAAAUCAAAAGCAGAGUGUGACUUAUAUUGUUAGUAGAGUUAGUUCAAAACAAGAGAAGGAAUAUAGGAUUCGUUUGACUGCAACUCUUGAUGUUAUUCGAUUCCUUUUGAAUCAAGGUUUGGCUUUUAGAGGACAUGAUGAGACAUCAAAUUCUUCAAAUAGGGGCAACUUUCUAGAGCUAUUAUAUUGGUAUAGUUUAAGGAAUGAUGAAGUUGGUCAAGUUGUAUUGAACAAUGCUCCUGGAAAUAAUCAAAUGAUUGCUCCAUCAAUUCAAAAAGAAAUAGUUAAUGCAUGUGCAGUUGAAACUACGCUAGAAAUAAUGAAGGAACUUGGUGAUGAAUUAUUUUCCAUAAUGGUUGAUGAGUCUCGAGAUUGCUCGGUGAAGGAGCAAAUGGCUAUUGUUAUUAGAUAUGUGAACAAAAAUGGAGAGAUAAUAGAAAGAUUUUUAUCCUUAGUUCAUGUUAAAGAGACUUCAUCAAAAUGCUUGAAAAUGGCAAUUGACUUCGUAUUUUCUAAGUUGGGAUUAUCUUUGUCUAGAUUGAGAGGUCAGGGAUAUGACGGGGCUUCAAAUAUGAGGGGUGAAUUUAAUGGAUUGUUUUGCCCAUCAGCUUCAAUUGGUGUGUGUGGCAUCUGUGGAUCUUCGUGCAAAAGGGCAGAUAUACUCCGACAAAAUGAAUAUGAUAGAAUGGUUGAAAUGAUUGAGAAAGGGGAAAUCAGUUCAGUCAAAGUACUUGAAACAGUAUUUGAAGAUGGGGUUGAUCCAGAAAUAAGUGGCAAAUCUAAAGGGUUGCUUCAAAAGAUGGAAAAUUUUGAUUUUGUGUUUCUCAUGAUGUUGAUGAAACGCUUGUUGGAGGACUUGCAAGCAUUUCGAGAAUCUGGAUGGGAUGAUUUCUUGCAAGAAGUGAAAGCAUUUUGCCGGGCAAAUGAAAUUGAUGUUCCUAUCAUGGACGACAUUGUUCCAAGACGUAUUCGCAUGAAGAAUGAUGGAAAAACUAUUACAAACUAUCAUUAUUAUCGUGUUGAAAUUUUUUGUCAGGUUGUUGACUUAAUUAGUCAAGAAAUGAGGAAUCGUUUUUCUGAAUCGAGCACCGACUUACUCGAAUGUAUGGUAUGCCUUGAUCCAAGAAAUCAUUUCUCCAAUUUCAAUGUCGAUAAACUUGUUCAUCUUGCCACUCUUUAUCCGGAAGACUUUUCAUCCAUGGAGCUUAGUUUGUUAACUCAAGAACUUCGAAGUUUCGUGAGUGAUGCAAGAACAGAUACACGUUUCUCAGAUGUUGAAGAUUUAGGAACUCUUUCACAGAAGAUGGUUGAAAUGAUGAAAGAUAAGAUUUUCAAAUUGGUUUAUCGAUUGAUAAAAUUGGUCUUACUUUUACCAGUAGCGACGGCAUCUGUUGAAAGAGUGUUUUCUGCAAUGAAAUUUGUGAAGUCAGAGCUGCGAAAUAAGAUGGGAGAUGACUGGUUAAACGACAGUUUGAUGGUAUAUAGCGAGAAGGAGGUGUUUGCAACUAUUCCCAAUGAAAUGAUUUUGAGUCGUUUUCAGAAAAUGGGUACUCGAAGAAGCCAACUAUCUCGCAUAGCAUAA